GCCUCCUACUCACGCUCAGUCCCGCCUCUUACAUGGGGCUCGACCGCACGUCGCGUCGCGUCCGUGCACAACGCACUCCCUCCACCACCCCGUCCCCGUCCGCCCGCUCAAAGCCUCUGGCAAUCGACAAGUGCAUGUCAGACGCGCCCUCUCCAAAGUCUCUCACUCCUCACCGCAAACACCACAAGCUGCUCAAGGAUGGCAGCGAGGUUUGGUCAGAGGAGGUCGAGAAAAUCUUCGUCCAAGGUAUGCCCCACGCCUUCACCUCUCCGGUCAGCACUCAACACCGCCAAAUCCUCACAGGGCUCAGAGACUACUGGGAAUCUCCAUGGGCAACCUACUCGCGUGGCCGCAGCAGAUGGAGAAACCAGUUCCUUGUAGAGCACCUCAAGAAGAACGCCAUCGAGCGAUCCAAGAAGCAGGUCGCAAGCCACAUACAGGUCCUUCGCAAUAUGUGGAGAGGCGAACCAGGUACGCUCCCUAGUGUCAGCACAUCUGGUUGGUAACUCACGGAGGAGAAAAAAAAAAUUGGCGCAGAGUUCCAUCUGGUUGCUGGAGGGGAAGAGCUCUUUGCAGAGAACGGGCUGCUGGCGUCUCCAGAGCCCAAUGCUGGUUCGGAGCCCGGAGACAGCCUACCGUCCCCAGAGGCAAUGUCGUCAUCCUCGUCCACGACGCCGGACUACUUGACAUCCGAUUUCGCGACACGCGCUUCGUCCAGUGGAGUGUACACGCAAGACCGUUCUCCGGUCGCUGCGCUUGGAUCCUUGGACAGCGGGCGCGCCUUCGACGCAUACCCUGGCGUCUCGGGCCCGAUCGCAGUCGCACAGGGGACACCGCCGCCGUCCCCGCCUUCAAGCGACCGGAUCAAGGGCUCUGUCAAGCUCGAGCCUCUCCUCAUGGGCGGCGGCCCAUACGCCUUGCCGGCCAGUCCCCUCUCUUGUCGCUCUGGGCAGAGGGCAUGCCCGUGUUUUCCACCGCCGUCGACCAGAUCAUCCGGGGGAUGGCGAUACCGCCCGUACCGCUCCAUGACAGCCCAUCGACCGUUAUGCUCCGCAUCAAGAUAUCCAUCCCCUCGGCUGAC